UGCGCGGAUGGUUUGUUAGUGUCAGCGGAAAGAUUCACAAACAAGGGCGCCUUGGCGGAGAUGUUUGCUGGAGUGGGCAAGCACUUUCAUUGAAAUGUACGCCACGGGUAAAGUUCUAAUAAAGACGCAGGGGAUACGAAGAAAGGCGACCAUAACACGAGAAUAAGCUGUAACCGUCACAAGUGGUGAUCCAGUUCACGAUCAUGGCACUGUAUCGAUCGAUCGCUCUACUGUGUUGGCUCAGUUUCUUACUGCUCUUCCUGGUUGGUUUGAUCGAAGCUCGAUCGAUUGGUGAUACCAGUCGAUUGACCCAUCACUGCAUGGAUGGGCUGCAACUGCACGACAAUCACUUCGUACCGGGUGUACCGUGUGAGGCUGCCUGUGAGCAUUGUGGCUGCAAAGGAAUCUAUCUAGGCGAGAAAUGCAUCUGUUUCUGCACAACCGACGACAAAGAAAAGGAAAACUGUUUGUCGUCGAUUAGGAAAAAUGAGCUGAGGGCUGGCAUUGAUAACGAUAUUCUGAUCCUCACGCGCACUGGCGGUAGAUUUGCUCGGGAUAUCAGACAAGUGGCAUCGCUGAGGGCGCGCAUGGGCCGAGGAGCAUCUGCUGUGUGGAAUUCAAAGCGUAACCCAGUCAUGUUUCUGACCAAAAAGGAAAGUGAAACAAAUAAACAUGUUCAGUAA